AUGUCAUCCACGACAUGGCGUACUCCUACUCAAUGGGAGCUAUUUGCGCAGAAUAUGUCAGAUGAUCUCGAUAAGUUAAAUCAACAACUGGCUGAUAUAUUGCACGUUGAAGCUCCUGUUCCUCCUAUUCCGAUCGAACCAUUCAUUCCUCAAAUGCCUUCAGCACAGGCAACAGAAAGAAGUCAUAGAUUUAAACGAACUGGAAAUCGAUACACAACUUCAAAUGAUACAAGAAAAUUUGAGUCCAAUGAUCAAAAUCGUGCAUCAUACACUCAAAGUGCACAUAAUGGAAAUCAGUCUGCUCGAAUUGUUAAGCCUCGCAAGCCAAACUCAAUUCCAUAUCCAUUUCCCAAAGAAGCAUCGCGCUCUCCAAGGUUAGACACCUUUGUUGAAUGCGGUUAUUGA